GAAGAGGCCGGUUUCUUCCGUGACACAAACAACGCGUCGAAUGCCGCCUGGGCCAGCGUAUAACUGGCUCUGCGUUCUCUCAUCGGUCGCUGAUAUCGCCUCUCAUGCUGUUCGCUAUAGAGCUACUCAACUCUCAACAAGGCGUCUUGACGUAGCUGGUACCACAAUAUCAACAGAGACGGUGCCCAGGUUCCCUCCCAUCGAAAGUGGGCCAGUACCGGCCCCACCCCCAAAACUCGAUAUUCACCCUGCACUCGACGGUCAAGAUUCACAUUACUCGGAUGUUCAGGAUUACACUCCAACGGCCGUGGAGCAAAGCUCUUCUCUUCCGCUCGAACCAUCAUUCCCUUUCUCUCAGGAACCUACGGUAGUCCAUACUCGCAAUCUACAGUCGUCCAAGGUACCUUCUUCCCGGAUCGGACGUCUUUUUCAUUACGGAGGUCUCGCUGCAUCUUUAAGCUACGGUAUGGCUUCAGAAUUCAUCCAACCUUCUGCUUCUCGCAAAGAGAGUGGUGGCUCUCUUAUUAUGACAGAGGCAAAUAUCAAACGUCUAGUCGCUAAAUUAUCGCAAAUGAGAGGCGCUGCGUUGAAACUGGGUCAGUUUCUGAGUAUUCAAGAUACACAUUUACUUCCUCCAGAACUUGACAAAAUAUUCAGAAGAGUUCAAGAUAGUGCACAUUACAUGCCGGAUUGGCAGAUGGAGAAAGUUCUCGUCGAAUCAUUAGGACCCGAUUAUUCACGCCAUUUUGUCUCGUUCGACCGUAUUCCCUUCGCUGCCGCCUCUAUCGGCCAAGUUCACUCGGCGGUUCUUACAGCAGAGACAUCACCCACGGGAAAACCUGCUCCGGUUGCGGUCAAGAUACAAUUCCCUAAUAUAGCAACCUCGAUCUCGAGUGAUAUUGGUUAUAUAAAGUUGCUUUUGACGGCGGGGAAGUUGUUACCGAAAGGUUUGUUUUUGGAUAGGACUAUUCAGGUUAUGAAACAAGAGUUGGCGGAGGAAUGUGAUUACAAGCGUGAGGGGUCGUUCAUGCGGGCUUUUGGGUCAUCAGAGUACCUUGGCGGGGAUAAACGAUUUAAAGUUCCUUGGGUGUGGGAUGGAAGCACGGAAAGAGUGUUGGUCAUGGAACGAGUAGAUGGUAUCAGUGUUGGGGAAGUUGAAGUUUCUGAUUUGAGCCAAGCACAGAGGGAUGAGAUCGCGUCGAACAUCAUUCUGCUUUGCCUCAGGGAGCUUUUUGAAUUCCGUAUGAUGCAGACCGAUCCAAACUAUACGAAUUUCCUGUACAACCAACGGACACGGCAGAUAGAGUUGGUCGAUUUCGGAGCGACGAGGGAGUAUAGCAAACCGUUUAUGGAUAGAUGGUUGAGGCUACUUCAGGCAGCUGCAGAAGACCCUGAAGAUCGUGAAGCAUGUGUUAAGGAAAGCUUAAGCUUGGGGUAUUUAACUGGGCAAGAGAAUGAGGAGAUGCUAAAUGCACAUGUAAAGUCGUUGACCCUUCUUGCGACACCGUUCAAGCAGUCGACAAGACAGCCGUAUUCUUUUGGACCGGGGACGGAUUGGGAAAGUAUUACCAAGGAAAUUAGGAAUCAGAUUCCUGUGAUGCUUCAGUAUCGACUCACACCGCCUCCGAGAGAGACGUAUAGUUUGAAUAGAAAAUUAAGUGGUGCCUUCUUGUUGGCGUCACGUCUUAGGGCUGUUGUGGAUACCAAGGCGAUUUGGGAUAGUGUUGUAGAAAAGUAUAGAUUUGACUAGACGAAUGAGAAUCCGGAUGCUAGUGAUCUGGGAAUAUACGGUUGAGCAUUUGUGGGUCUGAGAGCCAACACAAACCGACUUUCAGAGUGCGGAGGUGGAGGUUAUCACUUAUGUAGCUCAACGUCGCUUCAUAUUUUUAGCCG